GCUUCCGCCCGUUCCAUGUCCUCCGGUCGCUAACUGAAUCGUAACUUAAGUUGCGCUUCACCGCAAGCUCACGCCAUUGCACGUGAUCAUCACGCGAUUCUUAUCCCUUCAUUACCCCCCUCCACCGUAAGCGUCCCGGUGUCGCGGCCACGCCACUAAAGGAGCACUAGAGCGAGCAAAAUGACGCAAGCGCCCCGCCCUCCGCUCCCGUGGACCACGCGGAUCUCCGUCGCCGUCGCCUCUGCCGUCACCGACGCCGCCCGCCGCUCCAACGGCACCGUCAACCGGCGCCUUCUAUCUCUCUUGGACGCCCGUUCCCGGGCCUCCGCUAAACCCUACCGCGGCGUCCGCUCCGCUGACGUCGUCGUCGACCCGGUCCACCACAUCUGGUUCCGCCUCUUCGCCCCCUCCGACUCUGCUGCCGCCGCUGGCGAACCCUUCCCCGUCAUCGUCUUCUUCCACGGCGGCGGGUUCGCUUUCCUCUCCCCCGCCUCCCGCGCCUACGACGCCGUCUGCCGCCGGAUCUGCCACGAGGUCCGCGCCCUCGUCGUCUCCGUGAACUACCGCCUCGCCCCGGAGUACCGCUAUCCGGCGCCGUACGAGGACGGGACCGACGUGCUCCGCUUCCUGGACCACGGGGGCCUCGCCUCCGCUGACCCGGCCGCGGCCGACCUCUCCUGCUGCUUCCUGGCGGGUGACUCCGCCGGGGCGAACAUCGCCCACCACGUGGCCCGGCGCUGGGCCGCGGGCGCCGGGUGGGAGAGGGUGCGUCUCGCAGGGAUGGUGCUGAUCCAGCCGUUCUUCGGCGGGGAGGAGCGGACGGAGGCGGAGUUGCGGCUGACCCGGGUGCCGCUGCUGUCGGUGGAGCGGACGGACUGGAUGUGGCGCGCGUUCCUGCCGGAGGGGGCGGACCGGGACCACGAGGCUUCGAACGUGUUCGGCACGCGGGCGGCAGCCGGGGAGCUGGAGGCCUCGUUGCCGGAAGCGAUGGUGGUGGUGGGGGGAUUCGACCCGCUGCAGGACUGGCAGCGGCGCUACUACGAGGGGCUGCGGUCGAGGGGUAAAGCGGCACGGCUGGUGGAGUACCCGGAUGCCAUCCACGCCUUCUACGCCUUUCCCGAGCUGAAGGAGGCGUCGGCGCUGAUGGAGGAGAUCAAACGCUUCGUCGACGCCCAUCGAUCACCAGCAAAAUAGCACCAGUAACAGCACAGUAAAGUUGCUGGAGAUUGUGAUCAAAUAAAUAAACAAAUUAAAAUGUCAUAUCAAUCCAUCAAACAUUUUCCCCAUGAAUUAUAACCUAUAAUACCCUACAAAAUUUCCAACACCUCCAA